GCCGCCGCUGGGCGCAGGCUCGCUCGUCCUCGCGCUCCUGCUCUCCGGCAGCCGGCAUCUCCCGGCCGGGCCGCUGCCGCCACCGCGCAUUUCCCUGGAACCUGGGCUCCCCAAGACGCAGCGCUGGAGCAGAUGGAUAAUGGAGACUGGGGCUAUAUGAUGACUGACCCAGUCACGUUAAAUGUAGGUGGACACUUGUAUACAACGUCUCUCACCACAUUGACGCGUUACCCGGAUUCCAUGCUUGGAGCUAUGUUUGGGGGGGACUUCCCCACAGCUCGAGACCCUCAAGGCAAUUACUUCAUUGAUCGAGAUGGACCUCUUUUCCGUUAUGUCCUCAACUUCUUAAGAACUUCAGAGUUGACCUUACCCCUGGAUUUUAAGGAAUUUGAUCUGCUUCGGAAAGAAGCAGAUUUUUAUCAGAUUGAGCCCUUGAUUCAAUGUCUCAAUGACCCCAAGCCUCUGUAUCCUAUGGAUACUUUUGAAGAAGUUGUGGAGUUAUCUAGUACUCGGAAGCUUUCUAAGUACUCUAAUCCAGUAGCUGUCAUCAUAACACAGUUAACCAUCACCACCAAGGUCCAUUCCUUACUAGAAGGUAUCUCAAACCAUUUCACGAAGUGGAAUAAGCACAUGAUGGACACCAGAGAUUGCCAGGUUUCCUUCACUUUCGGACCCUGUGAUUAUCACCAGGAAGUUUCUCUCAGGGUCCACCUGAUGGAAUACAUUACAAAACAAGGUUUCACGAUCCGCAACACCCGAGUGCAUCACAUGAGUGAGCGGGCCAACGAGAACACAGUGGAGCACAACUGGACUUUCUGUAGGCUGGCCCGGAAGACUGAUGACUGAUCUCAAAGCCCGGGAGGAGUUCCUGGAGACUGACUUUCCAGGACAUGGA